CCAGUUGUCGUCACCAUGAAUCGAACCACUGCGUCGGAUGGCACCGGAUCACACAUGUUGGAGAAACACGAGGAGUUUAGUCCGGCAGAUAAAUCCAAAGAAAUGGUGAAAUAUGGAGAGCUUGUUGUCCUGGGUUACAAUGGAUUCCUGCCUCCUGGUGACCGUGGUCGAAGGAGGAGCAAGUAUGUGCUGUACAGGAGAUCAUCAGCCAAUGGAGUAAAGCGGUCAAAACACUAUGUUGUUGAGAGACCACACUCCUCCCAGGCGAUACAUGACACUGGACAACAUUCUAUCUCCUAUACAUUGUCUGGAGAUCAAACUGUCAUUGUUGAGUACGCGCCCGAUGAAGAGACGGACAUGUUUCAGAUCGGUCGUUCAUCGGAGUUUCCCAUUGACUUUGUUGUGAUGGACACGAUUCCAGAAGACAAGAGGGGCAAGAGCAAGGUGCUGCGGAGCACAGUAUCACGGUUUGCAUGUCGUAUCCUCUGUGACCGCACACAUCCGAGAGUAGCAAAGAUCUAUGCGGCUGGUUUCGACUCUUCACGCAACAUAUUCCUUGGGGAGAAAGCAGUGAAAUGGCAGGAGAAUGGAGAGAUUGACGGCCUGACGACAAACGGUGUCCUCAUCAUGCACCCACAAGGCUCUUUCUGUGGCGGAGAAGCAAAAUCUGGCCUGUGGCGCGAGGUAUCUGUUGGAGGCGGUGUCUUCUCCAUGCGACAGCUUGGCGAGGCCCACCAGAAAGGACAUCUAGUUGAAGGUGAAACAAAUGUUCUUCAGGAUGGUACACUCAUACAUCUUUGUGGCGCGACAUUACUUUGGCGCUCAAAUGAGGGGCUUCAGAAAUCUCCU